ACAGUAUAGAGUGGCGGCGGGCGACUAAUACGGACGUUUUUUUCAAAAAAAAAAAAAAAAACUAAUCCAUUUUUCGUUACACUCAGAAUCUAAAAUUCGUCUCACGUUGUCGUCUGCCCAUCUUGCCGGUCUCGUGUCGCGUCAAUAAAUUUUCAUUAUUUUUUUUACUGAACUGCCUUUUUUUUUUUUCUGUUCUCUUUUAUAAUAAAUAAUAAUUAUAAUAAUAAUACCUACUUAAAAUCCGUCUGUCGUACUGUUUUUUUUUUUUCCCCCAGUAGACCGACUUACGCAUUAUCCACCCGACGUUGCAGCUGUCAAACCGAAAUUAUGUGGAAUGACAACAAUAAUUAUUAUCACGGUUGCAAUAGAAACGUCUGUUCGUUUUUCAAAAGGAGGCAUGUGUACAGGGAUUUCCAGUCCAAAAUGAAGUCCGUCGAUUACGGCGUACUCUUACCCUUAAUGCAGGUUAGUGGCUACAUUUCCAAAAUUAUUAAUUAAUAACGAUUAAAAAAAAUGUUGCGCGUCCACUCGUCCUGUCGUUUCGAGAAAAAUAUUGUUCCAAAAAAAAAAAAAAACUAAUCCAUUUUUCGUUACACUCAGAAUCUAAAAUUCGUCGGGUAUUGUAGCUGAUAAUUGGCCCGGCCGCAAGUAUAAUAAUAGUAUUAAUAAAUAUUAUGACCAAGUUUGGACAAACCGGGGGCCCGCAGACCGGUUACGGUGUACGUGCGGCGACCGGUUUGUGCGUGGGGAGGCUUGCGAACGGCGACCGAUUUUCGCUUUCUUUCCGGUCGGCGUUCCAUUGCUAUUUUCUACGACAGUUUACUGCGAAUCGCGAUCGUCGCUAUUUUCGUUACAAUAUCGCCGGGUUUUCACGUACGCUUUUAUAGAGCCUCUCGGUAAUUUAUUUAUCGUUAUACACCUGCUGUUAUAUUAAUACUAUUGUAUUCAGAUAUUCCUUAUUAUAGACCAGCGCCAACAAAAUAUCCUUACCGAAUUUUCGUAAUAAUAAUAUUGAAAUGGAACCGUUAUUAAGUUUACGGAUGAUUUUUAAGACGUACAAUAAUAUUGUUUUCAUUGUUAUUGCCGUUCAAAUGGUGUAGAUAAAAUGUCAGCAUCUAAUUAUUAUUAUUAUAAUAUUCAAAAUUGAAAUUAUUAUUGCCAUUACAGUAUUUAAAAAAAUAUCACUGAUAACGAAUUGAUAUGAUGUAUCUGAUGUGAUAAGAACCUUUUAGUACGCUAUCAUAGUAUGAUAAUUUUUUUUUAUUAUAAUUAUCAUUAUUAUGGUCGUAGACUUAUUAACUGUAUGACCACUAAAAUACGUUACGUCUAAUUUCCAUACAAACGAGUAAUCCUUAAUGUAGGUACCUAAUCUUUAUGCAUCGAUGUCAGCAUACAAUAUAUGAUUUUAAUAGAGGUUGUAAUUAUGUUCGUUUCCAUAGUCUUGUUAAACGAAAGAAGUUAUUUAUAAAUAGGUCAAAUUCUUUUCUGUCUACUUCCAUUAAAAUUUAAAUGUGAAUUCAACACAUCAGUCGUUAAUACUAUCUUUGCUAAAUUAUUCUUACUUCGUGAAACUGUUCUACGUGUAAGUUACAACGAACACAUCCUAAGGCCAAAAACAGUAUUACACCGAUUUGCAUAACAAUAACUUUACUAAUCGAUAAUAUAAACUUUUUACUUAAAAAAAAAAAAAAAAUGAAACACAUGUUCACUAAUAAUUUUUCUAAAAAAAUGUAUUCAAAAUUUGAUGGGGUGAUAUACUUUGUGAAAAAGCGAAUACCUAAUAUAUUGCAUUUUCAUUCUGUAGGCACAUUGCUCAUAACCAGAACUCGGAACUUUUAGCUCCUAAUAUUCGCAAAAAGCUCCCAAAAAAACACUUGAACAUUAUUCAAAUAUCCCGAAAUUUUAUUUUGUAACAACAAAAAUGAUUAACACAAAAUCUACGUAAAAUUGUAUUUAAUUAAAUUAGGUAAUUUAUAGCAUGUUGUGUAGUUACUUUUGUAGUGAUGGAAAAGGAUGGAUUUUGAACCAUUGUCAUUUUUGUUUUUUUAAAUAUUUUUUUUAGAAUGCUUCAGGGCUUUUUUUUGCAAUUUUUAAUUGCUUUUUGUGGAUUUUUGUGUAAUUUUACUUUAGUCUAUAAUAAAAUUUAAUGACACCGAAGCUGUAAUGGGGUAGAGGAUGUAGUUCUCCCCUUCUCUGUCCUAAGCAUAGGAGGAUUUUCGCCCCCGCCUCAAUAAAAUAUAGAUAAAAUUUCACGAAUAAAAAUAUUUAAUAUUAAAAUUUCAAAUAAAUACUUUUUCAUUAUUUUACAACACAACUGAUAUUGUGGUUUCAAAAAACCAUUGACAAUUGAUUAUAAUUUAUAAUUCUGUGAUAUUAUCACCAUUCACUACACCAAUUACGUGUAAUAAUCAGUGGUAAAUUGGCAACAAUAUUUAUAUAAUAUAAAAUAUUUUCAGAAAUUUUAUUUAUUUUUAUUUUUACUUUUAAUCUUAUACCUAAGAAUGUGCUUAACUUAAACAGCUUAAUCCAGUGUUUAAAAUGAACAAUAGUGUAUUUCUGGUUCACAUUUUCACAAAGAAAAAAAUUUAUCAUUGACGUGCAGAAAUCAUAUAAAUAUAUUAUCCCUUUUUAUUAUAUAAGUACCUAUUUAAAAACAAUUAUACCAAUGAUGGAUAUAGGAUUUUUUCUGGGGGGAGGGCCAAAAUUGUUCAGAUUUAUUUUGAACUAUGAACACUAAAUAUAAAAUAUAGAUAAGAUUACAAUUAAGUAUCAACAUUAUCCACUAUCGUUAUAAUUGGUCUAAUCAAAAUUUGAACGACUAUUUAUAGUCAUUAUAGUCACUCAUAUUAUUACAACCACAAAUAUAAUAAAUCACUAAUGGGGGGGGGGGGCCCGGGCCUUCUCGGUACCACCCCUUAAAUCCGCCACUGAAUUAUAUUAUAUAAUUAGGUCAUUUUGAACACUGGCGGAAGUGUGAAAAAUAAAAUUAACACAAAUUGUGAAGGUGAAGAUUGGAAGCCUUUCCCCUACUCGUGUAACUAUGGAUCAUAGUAUGAUUUAUAUUUUGCCUUUCCCUCAUAUGAAAAAUAGUUUCUGCGCCUAUGAUGAAAUGUAAUGGUUAUGAGUAUUGGCUAGUGAUGGGUUAACCUAGUGCGAAUCUAAAGACCAUUAAAGGAGAGGCUAACUGAUAUCAUAACUGCUUAUAAGACCGUAAUUUAAAACAUUUCGGGGUGGAGGGGGGGCAUUGGUUCCAAAAUGUGUAUUUAUAGGCUAUAAUGUGUUUUUUUAUACGCUUUUAAAAGUUCAGAUUUUUGAAGAAAUCCGUAAAAAUUACUGAAUGCAUUUCAAAACAUGAUUAACUUACCUUCGCUCGCCAAUGGUUAUCAUUGCAUACAUGUAUAAAUUAAAUAACUUUAUGUACCCUUCUUACUUUAUUUCCCACCUACAGGCUACAACAGUGGUACCUACACUUUACACCCAUUGUUAAGUUUUAGUUAUUUUACAAAAGUAUUUUUGUGAAACUUCUUUUGUUAUAAAAUUUAUAAUCUGAAGCAGAAUUUAUAAUUUUUUGGAAAUAAUCCUAUUUUUAAAUGUUCGAAAUUUAAACACUCUUAAUGAAGAAAGAUGGUUAAAUGAUAAUUUUUGCGUAAUUUUAUUAUUACGAUUAAUAAUAAUAAUAAUAAAUAAUAUUUUGCAUUCCAAAAUUGCGUGGUUAUAAUAUUACGUAAACGUUUUCAGGAAAAUAUUCUGUUAAAGAUUAUGCGUUAUUGAAAAAAAAAGUUUUUAUGUUAUGUUUAAAAAAUUGUCAUAUCUAUUAAAAAAAAAAAAUUGAUUAAAAAAUUAAGUAUAAUACCUAAACCUAAGUAUAUACCUAACCUAACCCUUAAAAUUAAGGUAAGUAAUGCAUUAAAUCGACGGGUAUCAACACCUGUAGGUAUUAAUUUAAUGGUAAUCUCCUUGAGUAUUAACAUUUAACCGCUAGGAUUUAUUUUUUAUUGAUUUACAAUUUAUAUUUUGUUCCACUGUUAUUAUGAUAUUAUGCUAUCAAAUCACGAAAAAAAUAUGCUGAUUUAUAUAUCGUGUUCUAAAUAUAAUUGAAAGCAUUAUAGUAGGUAAGCUUUAUAAUAAUGAUUUCCAUAUUAAUAAUAUUAAUAACUUUAUCAUUUAUAAUAUUUGAGUAUCUAUUUUUAAAAUUGGGUUUUUUUAUUUUGUUUUACUGACAACAAAUUAUUAGAAGUUUAAAACAUAAAUACUUAGUUAAAAUAAAAAAUAAAAUGUAUAUAGUUGUGGGUAAAGAUCUGGAGAAAGAGGUUCUUUACUAAAUGUAUCUAUAUUAUAUUAUUCUAUAAAUUCAUCUCAAUGUUGGAAAGUGCAAUGUUAGCAAUUCAUUUCCCACGAAUUUAAUAUUAUUUAAAAUCAUUUUAUUUGGGUAAGUUAUACGUAUGCUUAGGUAUGGAACAUGACUAGUCUGUCUAUAAUAAAAAAUGGCGAAUUAUUGAGGGACAACUGCGUUAUUACAAUGAUAUUAUGUAUUGUAUAAUGUUAUUAGUUUGGACACUAUAUUUCAUAAUAAUGUUUUAUUUCAUCUAACUGCUAAAUAUGUCUUCUAUAAUAUUGUUGACCUCUAAUUUAACAUAGGUACUUUUAUCAGCUACCUAUUGAGUUAUGGCUACUUCACAUUUAAAUUUACGUUACGCACUCUAUAUUAUUAUUAUAGGAACCAUUUAAAUGAUCAUGAAAUUAAUAUUAUUUUAUUAUCCCGAUUGGUAUAUCACCUUAUUAUAGUUUUGUUUGUAGUUUUUAUUCUUUCAUUUCGAACAAAUACGAGUGGGUUAUUAACCGAGUUGUUAACUAAUAUUAUGAUCACAUUCUUUAAAGUUCGGGAUAAUGGCUCAUCUGUGUUAAUUUUGCGGUCGCAGUUUAAGUUCGCUUAUUUUCAGGGGGGGGGGGUGCCUUAAAUCGAAUUUUAUUGAAACGUCAAAAAAUAACUUGUUUAUUUUUUAAAUUUAAAUAUUAUUUACAUUUUAAUGUUCGUAAAAAAUAAAAAAUAUAAUAUUAUUAGUUAUUUUUUUGAAUAAAUUAUAAUAAAUUAUGAUUUUUCAACUUAACCUUAAAAUUUGAUCACCAGUUUAUAUCAUUUAUUUUAUUGUUGUAUACAAUUGUUUUUUUUUUUGACAAAGUUUUAAAUAAAAAUAAUGAAAACUCGAAUUGUAUAAAGUUAUGUCGUGGUGUUUUUAAAAUAGGUACUAUUAAUAUAACAUAUUAAACUGUCUCUCUAAGCGAUAGGGUUUGAUAGCUCAGAGUUCCGACCUUAUCUUCUGAGACCGUGGUUAUAAUAAUACAUUCAAUAUAUACAAUAUCUUAUCAAUAAAAAAAAUAUUAUUUAUAGAAUAUAAUCGUAGACUUUUACAUCCAGACGGAACGUACAGCAUGAAAACGCGUGCCGGUUGGUGAAGCUCAUCCUGAGGACUGAAAAUCGUUCUAACAAUGAACAAUAGUAACAAUAAUACAUAAUUUUAUCGUCUAUAAAGACUAAACGUUCUAGUUUAGUCGUAGUCUUUAUGUUAUCAUUAUUCAUAAUUCAUAAUUCAUUACAGAAAUACCGAAUAAUACAACGGGAUAAUAAACAGAGUGUUUUAAUUGAUUGUCCUCGGAGUUCAAUGUUGUUCUCCCUCACACCUCGGUAUAUUUGUCUUGAUCCGUUCGGACCGACUAUGCGAUCCACUGGAUAAAUGUUCCGUCUAGAUGUAUAGAAUAUAGAGAAAUAAAAUUUAUCAAACUAGAUUACAUAAUAAUAAUUUUCAAAUUUCCCAAAUUUUGAAUACCUAUCUAAUAAUAUUAUAUUAUAAUUUAUGGAGUUGAUUUAUCACGAGAUAUCUGACCAGCAUUAUAUUUUAUAUUUUUCGAGAAAGUACCUAAUUAUUUUGAGUAAAAAAAACAAAUCCAAUUAAUUCCUAUCAUAUUUUUCAUACUAUCGAAUUUCUAAUAUCAACCUUAUAUCAGCUAAUCGUUAACCUUAACCAGGAAACAUUAAUUAGCUUAUAUUGGUAGUUGGUUACCGAUCAACAUAUUAUUUUAAAAAUGAAGAUAAUAAAACUAUAAAAUACAUUUUACCUUUUGAACUUUUUUUUUUCUUUUGAAUAAUUAUUAAAAAAAUAAUUUUUUCCGAGUUUAAUUUUGUAACAAUAAUAAAUAAAGGUAAACUAUUGCCUUAAUAUAGACACAAUAAUAAUUAGAUCUAUAUAGAUUGGUAACACGAUUCGGGUAUACAUUAUAAAUAAUGCUUACAAGAGUUCAAUAUCAUACAAAUAUAAAUUGUAGAAUUUAUUUAAAAAAUAAAAACAAAAAAAUGUGUUUAAACGAUUCGAUAAAUAGCCAAAUACGUUAAUAUACCUAUUUAAGUACACUUAAACCUGCCAUACUUAUUAAUAUAUUAUUAUUAUUAUUAUUAUUACCUUGUAGUGUGCUCGUUGUACACUUGAUUUCGUUCACGAGACUUUCCUCAUGUAAGGUAAAAAUCGCGUAACAUAUUUGUAUUGUUUUCGGUAGAUCUGUUUUUGCAUCCAAUGACGCGGUAAGGUCAUUCCUUCGAAAAUUCACCUGUAUAUUCGCGGGGCCUCGAAUGUAAUAAUCGAAUGCAUGCGAAAUAAACGAGACAGGUAAAUACAAUCUCUCUACACACACACACACACACACACAUACACAUACUGUUGGUUUGUUACAUGCACCUAUAAUAAUACAUUUAAAUUUUAAAUGUCUAUUUUUGGCACCGAUAAAUAAUAAUUGUUGGUUGAUAUUAUAAUAUUUAUUACACAUUUACAUUAUAUUAUCCAAAAUAGUUAUCUUGGAUGAUAUAUUAACCGCGAGUAUUAAUACCUACUGAAAACUCCUGAUAAUAAUACAAAAUAUCCAACCGCAAACGCUGAACUAGUUAAUAUGUAUUGAAAAAAAAAAAUAUAUAUGUAUAAAUAUAAUUAAUUAAAAAAUCGUCAAAAUAUUCUGAAAUCGGUUUUGCCUCGUUUCAAAAGUGCCAAUAUGUGAUGAAAAUUGCAGAUCUCUACGAUUACUGAAUUAUUUACAGCAAAAUCAAGUACAAUAGAAGAACCCGUUAUUGCAUACAUUUGUCCGUUAUUACAAUCAAUUUUUUUUUUCUGAGUAAAAAUCAAAAAAUUGGACUUCUCAAUGCAUCAACUGGAAAACAUUUUCUAACUUUUUGCAAAGCUUCAGGUUUCUACGAUUAUUUUUCACUGAUAACAAAAAAAAAAGAGCUGUUACUGCUGACGGGUGUACUCCUGUUGUACGUGGGAAGUUGGGAAGAUAAAAUGUAUUGUUAUUUAAUUUUAAUUUGUAUGUAACGAAAAACUGUCUUAAGUUCGAUUAAACACGUUUUGAAAUAUCGUGAUUUUUAUGAUUUUCAUUAAAGUUUGAACUUGAAACGUUUAAACUUAUAAGUGGAAUGUUGGAAACAUUAUUAUUAGUUAAAAUUCUGAAUGAUCGAUAAGUCAUUGCAACGAAAUACGAUUCAGGGUGGUUAAACAUUUUUGUGAUAAAUUCAAAUUAAAAAUAGCAUUCAUUUUUAUAUAAUUACUAAAUUGUGUUUGAAUGUUGGUGUUCAGAUAAAUUAGAUUUUUUCUAAUUUUUAAGAAAAUGAAUUGGUAAAUAAAAAAAAUGAUCUCCAGAAUGUAUCAAUAUUAUAAUAUACUAUUUGAUUUCGGAAAAGAUGUUACACCUGUAAACCGGAGCUAUAUUUCUGGUAGGAAAGUUGUUAACAGACAGAAAAACAAAUUUUAAAAAACACAUCAUAGUAAAACCAAUACAUUUCUCGUUGGGCUCAGAAUCUAAAAUACUUUUUAUUGGAUUUAUAAUUACGGGCAGUAAUAUUAUUAUACGGUCGUGAGAUGUUAACUCAAUUCGUUCCGUAUCGUUUUUUUUUCUUUUAAACAGCCUAUGGUUUUAAAUUUUCUAUAAUCGAGUUAAAAAAAAUCAAAGUAUAAUAUACAAGUACUUAUUAGGUAUUAUCUAUUUCGUUUUACGAUUUAAAAGACUGUUGCAGUAACUCGUAACGCCAUCCACCGGAAAGAAAACGCGUCAUCAUCUCCUUCCGGUUCUGUGUGUGUAAACGUUUCACACUCAUUACGAUUCCUAACUUAUAACAUUAUAAUAUAUUAUGCGUUACCGACAAAACUACACUGGAAAACAAUAUUGUAAUGAUAGCGAACGGUUUAUAAAAUGUUUAAAUACAAUACGAGUGUCAUAUCCGACGACGACGCCCACACGCGAUUUUUGAUAACUAUACCUACUUCUUAUUCGAGAUAACAAUGGACAUAAUGGUUUUCAAUUCAAUAAAAUGUAUGUAACGUUUUGUUAUCUCGCGGUUUUUUUAAAAUAUAUAUAUGUGAAAUAUUUUGGAAUUCAUUAACGCAUCUAAAAUUACAAGCCUCUGUCCUUAUUAAUUUAUCGUAUAUUAUAGGUACCGUAGAUAUUAUUAUAUAGGUUUAUGUACCAUAUAGGUUUCAUCAUAACUUCGUAAUAAUAUUAUGUAUGUACGUAUGUAUGUAUGUAUGUAUGUAUGUAGGUAGGUAGGUAGGUUUGGUUGACGGUAGGUGUAAUUUGAAGCAUGUCUCAAAAAAAAGGUGUUGCUAAUCGUAGUGUAUACAGUAUAUACAUAGGUUUUUCGAUAGAUUUUUUCCUUAAAUUUCAAAUUUACACCCAAUAUAUAAUAUAUAAAAUGAAAUAUUUCGUGUAUUUUUUUUUUUAGAAUUUUUAGAAUACCUGCCUGCCUGCGUAUUAUCCUUAUGCAAUAUUCAAUAUUCACAGGAGACAGUCGCAACACAAUAAAAACCUUUACCACCAAUUACAUCAAUUUUGAGCCGCAUAGUUAGCGUGCAUUUAACCGCCGAUUAUACACGGGUACUGUUCACAGGUAUUUCGAGGCCGUGGCCAUUCUCUCUUUCCGACUAACCCACUACCCUGACAUUGGUUCUUUACUAUUAUUAUCAUGUUAUAUACCUAUAUAGGUAAAAUACGUGUAAUAUAGAUACCAUUUUUUUUUCGAUAAUCUUCGAUUGUUACAAAAAAAUAUAUAUAUAUAUAUUUUAAUGUAAACGAUAAGUAAUAAUAAUUAAAUUACAUAAAAUAUAUUAUAGAUAUUAUGUAUAUAAGUCUAUAUAUUAUAGGUUACAGACCAGAGGUUAGACAAAAUAAUAUAAAAUAAAUGUGAUUUUUAACGCGUUGUUUUUAUCGGGUGUAUGUACUAUUUUUAAGUAGGGAGAGAUCGGAGAUACAGAUUAAUAAAAAUCGUUGGCAUAUUAACUCUAACGUAUUUAUAUUGUGUAAUAAUAAUGCACGUUCUCCUGCAGAAGACCUUGGUGGACACACUCUCCCCCACAAUUAAUCGACGGAGGAGAACCACCUUAAAUGUUACCGUUGCGACGAUACGAUACCGAACAGUUCUUUAAAUGACCUAGCGCGUGAGUCACUUGUUGUUGACAAUAGCCAAGUAACUUUUGAUGAAUCUACAAUAAUAAUAUUACUAACUAUAUAUAUAUAUAUAUAUAUAUAUUUAAAAACUGAUUUAAUUAUUCUGUAUAUAUAUUGAAACGUAACUAUCUAAUACACCUGUAGAUAUCUAUUUGUUUUUAAAUUCAAAGACGAGGCUGAUGUAUUUUUAAAAAAAUUGUCCAGGUUAUAUCAGUUACUUUAACUAUAAUACACAGUAAUAUCAUUCGAUAUAUAAUAAAUAUUCGAUAUAUCGAGGUCGGAUUCUCAUAAAAAUAUUAUAUUAUCGGGAUCUAUAAUUUAAAGACUGUCUGUAUACAUUUGAAACAUAUGAAUAAUAAAUUAUAUUUUAAAUUUAAAACAUAAUAUAAAUAUAUCGGUUUAUAUUACAAAAACCUACAUGUUUUAAUUUACCGCAGUAAAUUUUACUAUAGGUGCUCUAUAUUAUUUAUCUAUUUAAUUAUACAAUUGACAAUUAUUUCGACCAUUAGAUAUUUAAGCUUUUAAAAUCCAUUUUUAUUCGUCUAACUCUUUAUUUUGAGUUAUUCGAGUAUUCGACCCAUAAUGUGAUUCCACGUUUUGAUUUUUGAAAACUAUAUAAAUUUACUUAACCCAUGUGUUAGUUAGGCAAUGGCGUAUUUAAUAGGGGAAAUAAUAUCUGUUGACAUUUUUUUGUAUUUAUAUUGUUUAUAUGCUUAUCUAUUUUCUACUUUAAAUUUCUAUACUUUUUUGUCAGAAAAAUCCGAAAUAUGUUAUUAGCUCCUAUAGUACGUAUAUCUAAAAAUUUGAAUUUAUAAAUGUUCUUGUUUAAAUUGAAACUUAUCUGCACUACUAUAAUAUGAAGGAGGUUAGAUUAAUAUCUAAAUGGUAUAUAGGCUAAUGAUAAUGAAGGUAGUUACUAAUAUCUAAUUAUUUGAUUUGAAUGAUAAUUUUUAGGCAAUUGAAUUAUAAAUCAUUUACAAAAUAUACACAUUCAAAAUUAGUCUUUUUUUUAUAGCCUAGGUUAGGUACACAUUAUAAAAUAUGACACAAUUUCCAAAUUCAAUAUCUCCGUCCUUGGCGAAAUUCUAAUACGACAUUGCCCACUGAUUAUAGUAUAGAUGUAGUAGAACGUUAGUUUUUUAACUACGUUUUUUUAUACUCAACUUUAAAUAUAGGUGUUUCAUUUUGUAGAUUAUCCUACACGUAUUAAAAUAAUUUAGCUGUUGUAAAUCUUAUUCCAGUAUAGAUAUCUUGUCAACUAAAACUGCGCUAUAAAAAAAUAUAUAUAUACAUUAUACAUAUCUAUAUGAGUAGUUACUAUUACUUAUAGCUACGUUUUAAUAUCUAUUUUAAAACGUGUCCCGCUCCGUAGACUAUGUGCUAAUCUAUUUUCGAGGCAUUACAACUAAAAUGUUACGAAUACUUUCAUCUGUUAACUCAUUCCAUCCUAUGACUCGUGCAGAACGUGUCUAGUACGUACAAAUUAGGUCUUUGUAUAAGAACAGAGAUUUUGAAGAAAAUUUCUUAUUACAAUUUACAAAGUACGUAAAUAGAACCAAGUAUAAAGUUCAUUGGUAUUUAAAUUUAAUAUUAAACUGUAUAAGUAAUAUCAACUUUUAACACGAUUUAUUAUUAUAGCAGGAUUUAAAACUUUACGAAUGUGCAAAAGUUGUUUAAAAAUAUAAAACUGCUGUGAAUUUUGAAAAUUGUACUCAUUUUCAUUUCUUAUCUUGCCACGGGAUAUUUAGCGGGUCUAGAAGUACUAGACUACAGGGUACCUAGUUUAGAAUGAAGUUUUGUGAUGAUGUUUACGUUAAAAUUGCGUUUAGUUUUUGGAUAGUUUAUGGGUUUAGUUUUUUUUGAACUUAAAACGAUUAUGUAGUUGAUGAUUUUUGCUACACUUUUAAAAAUGUUAUGUUUUUUGAAAAUACGUCUUCUGAGUAUAAUGGAUGAUUUUUUUCUGGAGAUUUUGUAUACCUAUAUACCCACCACCUUUACUGUAAUGGGCAGAUUAAUUUAUAAAAAAACCUAAUUCUUAACUUUUGGCUAUAUAGUAAUACUUGGAAUCUUUCCAAAACACCGAAAAAAAUUGAAAGUUAUAUGAAAUAUAAAACCAUCUAAUAGUUAUAACACAAAUUAGGUUUUUUAGUUACUUCUUAAAUUUCCCGAAACUAUAUGCGAGUACUACUGAGAAACAUAAAAUGUAUGCAAUAAGUACCUAUACCACCUGUGUUUGAUUUUUAUUAGAUAUUAAGCGAAGCGAAAAAUGUAUUGGUUUUUACUAUAGCGUGUGGGUUUUUUUAGUUUGUUAACAACUUUUCUACUAAAUAUCUUGUUCCAAUCAAAUAUCGACAAAAUAUCCUUUAUGUAUCAUUUUGGAUUUAGUUGGUGAGUUAAGAAAAAACGUAUAGAAAAACUGAACAAAUUUACGGCUGUAAAAGUUAAUUAUUUAAAAAUUUUUUUUUAAUUAGGUUAAAAAUAGCCGUAGAGACCUGAAAUUUGCACAGAAUACUUAGAUUAGAUUAGAUGUGGUAGAAUUUUCAAAAUAUUAUAUUUUUGAGCCAGUUAUUGGAAAUUUGAUAUUUUUGAGUGUUUUUAGUUUUUAUUUUGUUUUAUUUGGAUACAAUUGUUUGGCCAAAUGGAAACAGUGCGUUGUACACAGAUAUAUAAAUUAAAUAGGUAAUCGUAUGUAUUCUACAUUCUUAGAUUCCUACCUUCCAAAAUGUCCUGUUAUAUGAAAGUGGAAAACCAAUCAGCAGUAUAAACUCUUUUUUAUAGUAUAUUCAAUGAGUUUUUUCCCCGUCAAAUGCGAAUAUUUUUAAUCUAUUUCAUAUACUUAUAGUUACGUAUUCGCAUUGAUAUUUGCGUUUUCAAUAAUAUAUUAGGUACUUGAAAAUGCAAAAUCUAUCGCAGUAGUAAACAUCAAAAUAAUACAUCUCAAUUAAAUUGUGAGUAUAUAUUAUUUUAUGUUGAUAAAUCAUUAUUACUUCGUGUUAUGCGAUUUUUAUUAACUAGAUUCGUCCAAUGCGCCGAGACUUUAUUAAUGUAAAUUGAAUUUAACUUGUGCACCGGUGUGGUGUAGACCAGUGAACUCUAUACUCAUAACGCGUAUAUUCUAUAAUGUUUGUGUAUUGAAAAUAUAGGAGGCUCCUUUUUUAAUUCCAAUAGUGAUUUACUCCAUGAAAAACAUAAAGAAUAACAAUAAUAUUCUGUGUCGGUAGGAUAAUAGUAUAGAUAGAUAUUGAUAAAUAAAUAAAAAUCUCAAAUAAAUAGUAAAUUAUAAAAUAGUUAAGUAUCAUCAAUUUUUAAAUUAUUUUUGGGUUUAAAUUAUAUUAUUAAAAUACAUACAUUUUUUUUUGUAUUUGAAAAUUGUUACUUGUAAAAUAAAUUACUCGUUUAGAAUAUUAGCCUGUAUUAAAUAAUUAAUCUUAUUUAGGUACAUAAGAGAUUGAAUGCAUUAUGUUAUUAAGUGUCUUUUUAGAUAGGUAUCAUAUAGAGUACCUAUGUUAUUCCUACAAUACUCGUUACAAUACGCAAAUUAUUAUCAUGAAAUAUAACUAGGAAUGAGCUAAUACAUAGACCGAUCCUCGAUAUCGGUGGUAUGACGAUCGAUAUUUUCGGUAAAAAGUUUUAUUAUGUCUUUAGAUUGUGAAAAAAGUAACAAUAAAUCGGUUUUUCAACAAAUGUAUCGGUUGAUUUCUACAUUUUCUCAUGACUUUCGAUUUCGGAUAUCGGGUACCGGUUUUAUAUUGGUAGCAUAUAUCGGAAUAUCAGAUAUUGGUAAAAUGUGGUAUCGGCCCAUUCCUAAAUAUAAUAAAUCCCGGUAAAUUUCUUCACGAAUACGUACGAUUAGUAUGACAUCAUAUUAUUAUCUGAUCAAAAUCCUUAUUAAGUACAAAUGGAUCCAAACAAAUAAAAAUGUACAUACAAAUGCAAUGCAGAGUAACUUUAAAAUUGUUUUAUUUUACAUUUUAAGUAUAUUAUAUACUUAUUUUAUUCCAAAAAAUCUCAUUUGAGUAUCUUUUAUUUAAUAAUAGCCAAAUCUUAGUAUGUACAUACUCGUACUUUAAUGUAAUAUGAGCGUUCAAACAAUCAAAUUAUUACUGAUAACAGUCUAAUAAGAAGUGUAUUUCAUAAGUACUAAUCGAGGGUAUUAUUACUACAUGAACGGGAUCUAAAUGGCGUUGUCCUAUAAGGAGUCAAGUUUUGCGACCCUAUUAUGCGCGUUCCAUGUACAUAUAGUUCAGUGGAUAUUGAUGGAAUGAGCAGUGACUAUACUUACAGUUUGAAUCAUUUUUAAACAUGUAGGCCAUAUUUAGUAUUUACAUACAUAGGCUAUAUUUAAACACAAGAUUUAUAAAGUUGUUUUUUAUAUACCGAAUUUGUAAGUAUUUACAGAAUGAUUCACUAAGCGUGCUCAUCCCAUAUUUUUGGUUGAAUUUUGUUAAUAUUAAAAUUCUGAUUUUUGGAGGUUUUACGUGUAGUUAAGCCGAUAUUUUCGAAUAUUUUGAUUUUUCACAACAUCCUGUGGCGAUACCAGCUUAAGUUUUUCAAAUGAGAACCUUUAUUAAAAAUUCCAUAAAUACAUGGAAUAUUACAUAAAAUACAUUUUGGUGUCAACAUUUUUAAUUUCCGUUAAUCCGUGAACGAGAUAUUCCACUUGUGAAUCACUCUGUAUAUAUUUUAUGUAUGGAUUCAAUAAAGAAAAGACAUCCUAAGAUAAAGGGGAUGGGUGCAGCCACUGUUAUAUAAGUAAUUUAAUGUACCAGGUGAUUUAAGGUAGGUACACUCAUUAUCUCGGAAAGUAUUAACUUUUUCCGGAAUUUGUUUUCUAGAAAAUUUAAAAAACAAUUUUAUAUUUGUGUUAUUUUUUGUCAUCCUUAUUUUUGGAGGUAAAACAACUAUCUACUUUUGAUUUUCAAAUGGCAACCUAUGUUAAAAAGUCCACGAAUAGAUUAGGUAUUAGUUAAAAUAAAUUUUAGUGUUGACAUUUUUUAUUUCCGCUAAUCCGUUGAUGAGAUACUCCGCUUUAAGUUUGGGUUGGAGGAGAGUAGUAGAGUAUCAUUAGUGUAUGGUGUUACGGCGUGCGGCGUGUUAACGAUGCACCAAUACUUUCUUAUAUCUCUAAAAUCGUCAAAAUAUUUUGAUAAUUGUACACGUCUAGAAAAUGCUAAUAUAUUCUGUGCAAAUUUCAGUUCUUUGCAAUUAGUUUAAAGUUUAAAUUUAGUUAAAACAAAAAUCAAAAUGGAAAAUAAUGAAGCCGUUAUUUCCGUAAACAUUCCCGUUUUUCUAAUUAUUAGGAAAAUUAAAAGACAAACUAAAAAAUGGAUCCAAAAUGCUUCAUAUAAGCUCCUUUGUCAUAUUUUGAUUGGAGAAAAAUUUCUGGCGGAGAAAUUUCUGGCGUUGUUUACGGACAGAAAGUUAAAAAUUUCUUAGGUCUGUGAGUUACAAAUUUGAAUUAUUCUGUCUCUUCUCUUUCUCUGAACACUAUAGGUAGUUUGUAAUAUAUUUAAUCAGUGGCGUUCCUUAUUUCCUUAAAAAACAUAAAUUGACAUUUAUUGCUGAUAUUGGCUUUAUAAAUUGGCAUUUUCAGGUAUUUUUUAACGUGCGAGGGUUUUUGACAGCGUUAUUUUAAGUUUUAUUAUUUUUCUGAUAAUAAUACAUUGUAGUUGUUAUUUAUUCAAAAAAUUAACCUCUAUUAUUGCAGUAAAAUUCUUUACACCGUUAAAAAAAAUUGUAUUCUCGAAAUAGCCGGUCGUAUAAAUAUUAUAAUAUGUAUAUUUUUUCUAUACGUAUAUUAUUUUAAUAUGAAAAAUAUUCAUCUUAAAAACUGUCACUUUUAAACGAAAUAAUAAGUUCGAAAACGUGCUGUUAUAAAGGGACAACAAAUCUUUUAUUGGUAUUGAAAAACAGCAGACGCUGCAAAUGCGCUUUUAAGGAAUUUCGGAAUGUAGCUACCGACCCGAAUGUCUGGGUUGCCUAUGACGUCGUUUACACCGUUCGUGAAUGACGUCAUACCGCUCGACGCCCACACUACCGACGUUGGCGUGGGUCUAUUCAAAAUCGUAAUAUUAUGAAUUGAAAAAAAAGAACAAAAACACUAACGGCCAUCCCUAUUUCCCCUUUGUCGAACGAACGUAUUUCGGUCGUUUACGUUAAAUACCGGGAAAAUAAUAUCAAUAUUCGCAACAAUAUUUCGAAGAGAAUAUUGAUUAAAUUUUCAUUAUAACACUUCGCGAUUCUUGAGCUGUUAUAGUAACCUAGCUAGGAUUUUUAAUAGAAUGGUUGCUAUAUACUUCUAAUCUUUGAUUUAAUUCUUGAAUCGUUAGUGUCUCUCCUAAAAAAAUGCAUACAAUUGUUGUUUUCUUCAAUGUAAUAAUUUGAAGAAAAAUCCAUGUAAAAUCUUUAUAAUGAAAAUAUGAGAAUAUAUUCUGGCUCGAAACCAUGCCUCUACUAGAAAAACUUUACACUUUCGUAAAACCGUUCGAUUUCGAUGAUUAAUUUUUUGUUGGAAAAAAGAAGCCUUUCUAUGUAUUUCUUUGAAUUCCGUUUUAAAUAUUUUCCUCUCAAACUUUAAAUUACUUACGUCUUUAAAAUCGAUUAGUUUUUCACAUUUUUACACAUUUGAAACUAACUGAAAAAUCUGAGUUCAUUAUUGCGGUCUAGAAAAUUGUUUUUACCAAUCAACAAAAAAAAAGGAUUUUGUUUAAUCUAAAAGUUACCUAUCAAAUAAGAAUUACGAAAAAGACUUGCAAAGUUAAAAUGUCAAUAAAUAAGUAGCUCAAAAAUGGCUUAAAUGUCUAGAAAAAACAAGUAUAAAAUUUCUGUCAAAAUUAUAGUUUACGAAUAUUUUUAAUCGAGUUACAAUAAAAAAAAAAACAAAAUUGAAAAUCAUUAUUUCCCGUUCUUUCGACGUUUUCUUUCGGUUUUACUCAAUUAUUGAAAAAACGAUUAGGAAAAUCAAAAGAUGAACUUCAUACUCAUCAAAAAAGAUUUUGUUGUUUUUUUUAUUUGAGCAAUAUUUCUGGUAAAAAACAUAGUUUGCAAAAAUUAAAAACAAUGAAAUCGAUAACGUAUUGCAUUGUAAAUAAUUGCCGUUUUACCUAUAAUUUCAUUUCUGGUUUUUUCCCAUUUAUAAAAACCACUAGGAAAACUAACCAAUGAUUUUCUUAAUGCACCAGCCAUAGAUAAAAUGUCUUUUCAAAAAAGGUGGUACAGUUGAUAAAUCGGAGAAUUUCGAUGCUCGAAUUAUUUUAAUUGUACAUAAAUAUAAUAAUUAAUUAAUUAAAAUUAAUAAUAAUAAUAAAUUAAUUCAAUUUUGACGAAAUAAUAUUUCAGCAAUAUUUGCAGAAUAUAUAGCUUAUCCAUCCGAAAUGACUAUUCCGUGGGUUUUGAUAAUAAUGUUAAAUAUGUACCACGUACAAAAUAUGUUUGAUUAAAUAAAUUAGGCAUCUUUUUCCUCCGCUAUGAUAAAUUUAUACGGAUACUUUAUUAGUCAUUAUUAAUAGCUUUUUUUUUUAGGUACCUACACCAUAAUUGAAAUAAUUUUUACGCAUAAAACAUUAGGAAAUGACUAGAAAUUUAUACCACAAUUCGCAGCGUGUUGAAUACCUACUGCCUAAGAAUUUAUAAGUUUUGUACGCGAAUUAUUUGAUUUUGUUUGCAUGGUCACGUAACAUGAACUUUCGGAAAGGUUGUUGAACGACCAGAAGUGGUCCUCGGGAAACAAUUCCCGAUACAUUUCGAAUUUCCUGCGAUACAAUUUUUUUCCGCAUUUUUAUUAAAUUCAUCUAGUAAUCCACAAAAGUACGACGGGACGUUUAAUAUUAUUAUUCUGCCCACAUUUUGUUUUCGUUUUAUUGCAUUUUUUAUUUCUGUCUGUGAACAAGUUUUUUUUACCAAAAGCCAUGGCGCACUUCUACUACUACUACUACGGUACUGCUUUCGGGUAUGGCACUGUUGUUUGGGUGGGUACUUGGAAAGAUAGGGUAAUCUAGUUUAUUUACUGUGUGUGUUUGACUAGAAUAUAUUCAUACCGACAUUUAAUUUUUACAGAAUACCUAGUACAAUAUUAGCAUUUUUUAAAAACAUUCUGAUUUUUAAAAUUAUUUAUAUGCGUUCUUAUUUGGGUUAUGUGGAUACAAUAAUUGUUUUGGCUCAGCAGAAAUGUUUGGACAUUUUACUCGAAUUUCGUGAGUAUAAGUUGUAAUAUGGUAACAAAAAAAAAAAAAAUGUAUUAGUUUUCUUACCUACACGUUUAAAGUUUAAAUUUGAAUGGAAAUCUUAAAAUACACAGCAUUUCAAGUAUUGUAAAUAUUGCGAUGAUUUAUAUGAAUAUAUUUUUUAUUUUUUCUAAUCGUAAAUAACUUUUUUACCUGAAAGAUUGUUCUGAAGUAUAGACUAGCACAUUUUCUGAUAGCCAAUUUUUUUCUCAUUGGUGCAUUGGUCAAUCUUUGAUUUACCAAGGGGUUUUCGAAAUAAUUCAGAAAACCCCCCCCAAGAAAAUUAUAGGUAAAACGGUAAAUAUUUAUGGCGUGCCGCGGCGUUAUAUUUUUCGUUGUUUUUAAUUUGAACACGAUGUUGUUUUCUAUAAGAAAUAUUACGCCAAUCGAAAAAUGACUAGAGAUCGAUUUGGUUCUAAUAAUAUUUCGAUUGGUUUGGUAGGACAGAUUGAUAUCUAAGUAUAUUUCUUAAUAAUUGGGAAAAACCAAAAAAAACGAAAAAUACGUUUUCUGUUUCAAAUUACGACGGCACUAUUCCUUUAUUUUAAAUUUUUAUGGCUUACUUUUUCUACAAAAAAAAUUGCUCUAAUAGAAAAUCAACAAGAAAUCUUUUUUGUUGAAUUUUUAAUCUAGUUGAUGAGGUAAGAAAGUCGUUUUUUGAUUUUCUUUGUAGUUUUUUAAUAAUUGAGCAAAUCCUAAUAAUACGUAGAAAUUACGGUAAAAUUUACGAAAAUAAUUUUGUUAUUAUUUUUAAAAAAUUUUUUUUUAUUAACUAAAUAAAAAAAUUUUAAUUUUUUUUUUUAUAAGUCAUUCUUAGUGGUAAAAAAAAAUUGUAGUUUUGAAUUUUUUAUUUUUUAUAAUAGAUUUAAAAUCAUAAUUAUUAUGACCUUUCGAAACAUGUAAAACUGAACUUCGCUUCGAAUCGUUUUCCGUUGGUUAUGGAUUAUCGCGGGUCAAAGGCAUAAAUAUUGUAACUUUAUGUAUCCUACCUUCCCGACUACCUGUCUACGACAGUGGCCGCACCCGUCUUCAGUAUCGGCUGUUUUUCUUAUUAUUAUUUUAUUUUCGUUGAAAAAGAUGUACGAUAACGAAGUGGCUACAAAUUUCCUUCUGUUGGUACGCGCGACAAAUCGCUCGGUCAAUAAUAUUAUUAUGCGUACGUGUUACGACGACACGACUAACGAAUUGAUAUGGGAAUAAACAAAAACGACGUGUACGAAACAGGAAAUUUGAAUAUUGAAUACGAAAGACCGGUGGAUUAUUUGUGUACAUACGAGCAUCAUGAUGAUAAUAAUUAUCGUAUUGUUGUACGCGGUUUUAUGGCGUCGGCGUCGUCAGUGUAGACUAUUUUUUUUUUUAUGCGUUAAUAGUAUAACAAUUUAUUCGUAGUUAUAUUAUACUCUGGUAAUUAGAUACACAGCUGGUAUUUAUUUUUUUUUUUCGGGGGUUUUUUUUUUUUGGCAUUGCAGUUUGCCUUGCCCUUUGGACGAUAUUUUUAGACGGUAUUGUGUGUGUCGGUUUGUUAUCGCACUGCGACCACGCCGCUAGGGCGCAGGUGACGUCGCGUGCUUGUACCAUUGGUGGGGGGGAGGGGGGAUACGGAGAUUCGUUAACAAAAUUUUUUAUUGCAUUAUCGGUCGCACACGGACACGGUAAAUACCACUGGCGCGGUAUUUAGUAGCGGUAGUCUUGGUACAUGAUAUUAAAGAGAGAGAGAGAGAGAGAGUGUGAGCGAGCGAGCGAAAGACAAGAAGUGGUGGGGGAUUCGGCGGGCCAUCGCCGGCGAUGUUCGCCCGUGUCGCGACUCGCGGUAGUUCUGUUCCGUUUGCGGUGCACGAUCGUUUCGCGCGCGCCCUUUCGGUCCAGCAGUAGUCGCCACCGCGUCCGACCGUCGUCGCGUCUGGGUUUUCAAUACUCUCCGCCGUGUGUGCUUCAGUGAGAGAAGUAUACGUUCCAGAAAAAAAUAAAACUAAUAAGUCGAACGAAACUCCGGGUUUUCAAAGUAAAACAUUUACCCAGAAUUUAUUAACCUAUUAAUUUCCGCGCUAGUGUUUUUUUUUUUCUCAUCUAUUUCAGUGUGUCGCGAGUAUUUAUCUAUUAUUAUCAUUAUUAUUAUUACGUUACGGUAUUAAAUAUUAUUAUUAUAUAGUGAUCGCACGCCAAUUACCGUCGCCAGAAUUCCAACGGUGUAAUAAUAAUAAUAAUUAUUAUUAUAAUAUCGUCGUCGUCGUAAUACACGUUUGUUGUGCGCGCAAAAAUCGCACCCCACGCACAUACACACACACGUACUGCAUUUACUGCUGUUCGAACCGUCUGGCCAGUUUCUGCUGCCGCGACAGCGUGUACAACGGAUAAUGGAAAAAAAUCUCAAUCUUCAAGUAUGCCCCUUUGAUUUGUUUGUUUUUUUUUUUUUUUUUGCUCAUACUAUUUCAUAAUAAUGUGGGGAAAAAAAAAAAAAAUAAUACCGUAUUAUGUAUUUUAUCGCGGCCGGGGAGUAGUCUCGUGCGUCGAAAAUACCGUGUUCGAGCCGCAUUGUAAUUGUGUUUAUAAUAAUAACACGGCGUAGCGUCGUGCCGUGGUAACAAUUUGGUCGCGGCGGCGGCGGACCCUACCCGCCGGCAGCGAAGAACCGUCGAAUGUUCCAGAAGGUUCGUUGCCGCCGCGCCCACGACCACCACGACGGUGUUCGCGAACAGCUGCUGCUGUGUCCGAGUCUUCUCGUGCGUCCCGCGCGCGCCUUUUUUUUUCGCGAAAUUUCUCUCGGCUUCUCACGCCUUUGACCGUCCCGAAUUUUUCUCUCGUCGAGAGUCGGCCGUCCGCGUCCGAAAACGUCACGGAGAAGCCGCCGCGCGACAAUCGUUCCUAAACGUGUUUUCAGAGUUUUUUUUUUUUUUUUUUAUCUUUGAAAUUCGUUAUCGCCGCCGUCGUCGCGUUUAUUCGAAUUUUCUUUCGUCAACCGUCGUCGGUUACCGGAAAUCCGUUUUUCGAAGAUAAUAAUCGCGACCAUAUGCCGCGAAGGUCGCGGCGGCGGUGUACGAGUUGGCACCCGUAUUCGCGUAUUAUACAAUUCAAAUUUUUUAUUUUCGUCCGUACGUGUGUGUUUUGUAAUCGAUCGUCGUCGGUCUCGUCGUGUCAAAACAUAUUUUAACGCGAACGCGUUUCGAUUAGUCGGCGAAAACGGAACGGGGGGGUUACAUACGGUAUGGGGACGGAUCGGUUUGUGAAUAUACGCUCAGCGAUAGUUGUCGGGCGGUUUUCGGGGUAUUUAAAAAAAAAAAAAAAAACGAACGAACCUAUCCUCUCUCGUAAUUGGUCGCCGCGGCGUACAGAUCAGUGCACACUGACAAAAAGUGAAAAAAAAAAAAAAUCCGCACUAUUCCGGUGUCCUUGACUUGAAUAUAAAAACUCGCGCGCAGACUGCCGGUAUAGGUCGGCGGCUCGUUCAUAAUGGUCCAGAUUUAGGUAUCCAAAAAAAAAAAAAAAUCUUUUUUUUUUCCGAUGCCACUUCCGUUCGCACAUUUAUUAUACACUAUUGUUGCAUGGUAUUUCAUGAAACGCAUUAUCGUUGUUAGUUUUCGUGGUCCGGAGCGUUUUUCGGACGCCGUGUGUGUUUGUAUUGUCGCACGCCGACCGCUCCCCCCCCCUCUCCCCGUGUAUGCGACGCAGGUACCUACGGCCCGGGCGUAUUAUAUUUUUCAUUAUUAUGAAACGAAAUUCGCCCGGUCUCCGCGCAUAUACGUACGAAAUCGCGGCUCGGUGAAAUUGUAAAGGUUUUUUUUUUUUUUUUUUUUUUUUUUUCGAAAACCGUGUUGCGCGUACGAUAUUGUGUUAAUUGUUGUUUACCGUCGCGAACCGAAAUGUAAACAACCGUGUUGACAAAAUAAUACGAUAUUAUUGUCACAACAAUAAAUACAAUAUAAUGUGUCGCGGCGUCGCGGUGUUCGUUAUUUUCGAAUAAGUAACGAUGUUAUAUAAUAUCAUAUCCCCUUCCCCUCCCCUCCCCCACCCCGUCAUCACCCGUCGCCUAUCGAGACCGUUUCGUAAUAAAUCAUACUUUAUAGGCGCGUAGGUUCGGACGGGGAAAUACGAAAAGUCCGCACACGAUUCUGCUCCGAUCGAAUUCCGAAUCCGUUUGUGUUCGGGGUUUUUUUUUUUUCUUUCAAUUUGAAUUUUCCACACGUCCACGAUACCGCGCGCGUCAUUCGCGGCGAUAUCAUAUUUUUCGUAAUGCAUUUACCCACCCGUUACGGAUUUUCUGUCAAACACUAUUAUAUUAUACAUGUAUAUCGUACCGCGGCGACUUUAUAUUAUUAACAUGAUAAAAACUACACAAUUUAUUUGCUAUAAAUCGAUAGGUUUGACGUCACGCGCAACGUGUGUAAUUAAGUUGUGUUUUUUGUCGUUUUGGCCGUUUAAAAAAAUAAAAAAACAACAAAAUAUGCAUUAUAAAUAUUGUCUUUGUAUGCGCCUACCUAUCCACCGGUUUCACGUCAACGUGUCCCAUAUUAAUCUCCCCGUAUUUGAUCAUAAUAACCGUUACCCGCUGUGUACAAUAAGUAACCGGCGUCAACCACGGUGGUUGGUGUACACAGCUGCGGCCGAACCACCGCGGACUCGGCGCAGACGGCUGUAUAGGUACACAGACACGCGCGUUCGAAUUCGCCAGUGUCAACGCGUGUAAUAUCAUCGUGUUUACCGUUCGCGAUAGCCGGACGGCGACAUGUUUUUGACAGACUUGAAUUGAUUUUUUAUGACGUGCCACGCCACUGCGGUCGGUUUAGGGUAGGUCGGGUUAGGUUAGCGUUGGUACGGUAUGUGUAUACGGUGUUUAUUAGGAUUUGUCGAUGGAAAACGACAGCGGCGGUGGCGUUUGAUAACGAGCCGACUGUAUCGAAUUAUAUAUUGGAACAUUUGACCGGCGACGGCGCGUUUGUCCUUGAACCGCCCCGCCGCCGCCGCGCUAACGGUCUACCGUUAUUGAUAAUAGUGUUAUGCGUGUAGGCAAUUUAUGUAAUCUCAACGUAUUUUUUUUUAUUACUCUGUUACAGAACGGACAUCUAGACGUAUCCAGUAAAGAUUUAAACCGCAUGCGACCCUCCGCCAUGUUGUCCACGUGUGACGACCGCCACCGUCCUUCGGCCGGGCGCGUGCAAACCGAUCUCAAUCGCUUGGCCGUCCUCAGCUACGAACAGGUGGCCCGACUGAACGACGUCAUGGACGAGACCGUCAGUAUCCACGGCCGUGGCAAUUUCCCCACGCUGGAAGUGCGUCUCCGCGAUCUGGUGGCCAUGGUCCGCGACCGUUUACGAGCCCAAGCCGGUCCCGAAGACGACGACGUUGCGUUUUCAGUGGAACGCACCGCCGCCGUCGACAUCGACGACACGUCUUUCCAAGUGAAUAGUAUCAGACUGAACGGCGGAGCUGCCUCGCACGUGUUGACCACCGACACCCAACCGUACAACGACUUGGAUCUGAUAUUCAACAUCAGUCUGUCUGGAAACCGGGAUUUUGACCGGGUAAAGGCGGCCGUUUUCAAAGCGCUCGUCGACCUGUUGCCCGAAGGCGUGAGCCGUAAACGCAUGACCCCUUGCAGCAUCAAGGAGGCGUACGUCAGUAAAAUGGUUAAAGUGAACAAAGACGGUGAUCGGUGGUCGUUAAUCUCGCUGGGCACGUUGCCGGGCCAACGGAACGUCGAACUGAAGUUCGUCGACAAGAUGAAGAGGCCGUUCGAGUUCUCGGUCGACUCGUUCCAGAUCGUGUUGGACUCGCUCCUAUUGUUCUACGAAUGUUCCAGCGGCGUGCCGAUCAGCGAAAACUUCUACCCGACGGUGGUCGGCGAAUCCGUGUACGGUGACUUCCGAGACGCCAUGUAUCAUUUGGAAAACAAAUUGAUAGUGACCAGAAACCCGGAAGAGAUCCGGGGUGGCGGUCUUCUCAAAUACUGCAACCUGUUGUUGCGCAACUACGCUCCCGACUACGACGGCGACGGCACCAAAAAGUUAGAACGGUAUAUGUGCUCCAGGUUUUUCAUAGACUUUUCGGACAUCAACCAGCAACGGGCGAAGUUGGAGAACUAUUUGAAAAAUCAUUUUUGCGCGCCCCAAGAGGAAUAUAUGAAACUGCAGUAUCUGAACGUAUUGAAACAGGUGGUCGAAGAGAGCACCGUGUGCCUGAUGAUACACGAGAGACACCAGACGUUGGCAUUGAUCGCCGAACUUUCGUGGCAACUCAUGGCUGGACACCAGAUGUACUAUUAUUACCAUCCGCAGCCACAGUUGACCAUGUCCAUCGGGCACCACAGCCAAUUGCCGGCACAACUCCAUUGCCCUUCAUAAGUGUACAGUCGUUGUAAUUUAAUUUUUAUUAUUAUAUAUAUUUUUUUUUUUUUUUUUUUUUUUAGAAAAUGAUACAAUUAACAAUUCAAUAUUAAAAAAAAAAAAAAAAAAAAAAAAAAAAAAAUGUUCAUGAAUAUGUUUUACAUAUUAUAUACACGAUCUCUAAAAAAAAAUUUAAAAAAAAAAAGCCAAAAAAAAGUCUCUCGCACCAUGCCCCAUCCCCCCAUCAAUUCGUAUUCGUCUGAAAACGACACCGUGUUUUAACGACCCAGUGAACAAAUUCACGGUAUCAUAUUUAUAUUACUCGCACGUCAAUAAUAUAUUGUCCGAAAAACUUCCGAAAACGUUUACUUGAUUUAAUAUCUUUCAAAACGUCCGGCUAACAUAAUAUAUUACUAGUAGUUGUUGAUUAAUUUUUAUUCAGUACGAUUGCGCGCACGUAAUGUUCGCGGUUUUUUUUUAAUGAGGUUGAACAAAAUUAUACAUUUACUCGUUGCGUACUUAAUUGGUUACUUUUUUUUUUUUUUUUUUUUUUUUUUUUUACUAUCUUGGCAGCCUUCGUUGACAAUUUCGUUUACCCUAUACAGAUAUUACAAUUUAUUUUUUAACCCCCGGUAGAUAGAUAGAUAGAUAGAGAGAGGGAGAGAGAGAGACAGAGACAGACAGAGAUAGAUAACGAGAGAACAUAAUAUUUUGUUAUAUUUAUUUUGAUAUGGUUUACAGAGAGAGCGGAACUCGGUCGUCGUCGUUGUCGGUAAAAGAUUAAAAUCGAUGCAUAUAUUUUUUUUAAAUUUCCCCUAAACGUACUUGUUUCGCAAAAAAUAAAAAGGAAUUCUGAUUGAUGUACGCCGCGCAGUCAUUUGACUCCAACGGUGUACAAUAUUUGUUUGAUAUUUGUUGUGCGCGAUCAGUCACGUGCCUGAUAGGCUAUCGUUAAAACAAUUUUUUUUUUCGCAACGAAUAAACAAUAAAAUAACAAAAACGAAUCGUUUAGCCGAAAAAAAUCUGUCUCGUCGGUUUGCAAAUAACCGCAAUAAUACGGUAUGAUGCGUUUUUUAUACUCGCGCACAUUUUUAUUUUUUGAUUUCCGACGCUCGCGUUUCGAGAGACUUAUAAAAUAUUUUUUUUAUUUUCAUCAAAAUAUAUUCGUUAUGUACAUACAAAUAUAUAAUAUGCCCGUUACACAACCGAAAUGAUAUAUUAUACGAUACAAAGUUAUUGCAAAUUACAAUAUAUAUUUUCCGUUAGCGAAUUUUUCGAAUAUUUUUCAUUGUGUUUUCGUGAUAUUAUUAUAUUUAUAGAUAACUAUUUUCAAUAAUUAAUUUUUUGUAAAAAAAAAAAAAAAAAAAAAAAGCUCGCGUAUUUUAUAUCGGCGUUGUUGAAUUUUUUUUUUUUUUUUGAUUCCCCCUCCCCAUAUUAUACACUCUUGAUACUUAUACACACACACACACACACACACACGUAUUUUUACACACUUCCUCGUUCGUACGACGGCGUAAAUAAAAAGUAGUCAACCGUCUUCAUAUGUAGUUAUAAUAAUAUAUAAUUAAUAAAAAAAAAUAAAAACAAAAAAAAAAAUGUAAAACUUCUCUUAUUUAUAACAUUGCAUUGUUUGUAAUAAACAUUCCGAAAUUUUUUUUUUUUAGUAAAAACGUGUAAAUAAUUAUAAUAUAUUAGAAGAAGAAAAAAGUUUAGGGGUAAAAAGACGAGACGGGGGUAAAAAUAAAAAAAUAAAAUGUUUAGUGUACUUCUUUGUCUAUUCUAUAUGCCUAAUGUCUGUAAAUCCGUACACGAUAUUAAAAUUAGAACGGUGUAAUUUUUUUUUUUGUCGUUUAACGUACAAAAUUUA